CUGAAACAGGCAGUGAAACAAAAAUGGUUCUUGUAGCUCUAUAACAUUACAGCGCCUCAAAGGGACGCAGAAGGCAAGGCGGUUGUCAAUUGUCAGUUCUUAAGUUGUCGUAAUCUCGGUUGGAGGGAAUAACAGAGACAUUUUUCCAAACAUUUAAAACGGCGUGUGUAUUUUGUGAGUGGUUUGGCCCCCUAGGGGUCAUUUGUGGAUAUGGCAGACUAUUAUAUUAACACAAACCAAAUAUUUAAAAGAGAUGAUUCAGAAAUAGAUAUUAGUGGUAACGAGGACUCGGACGAUUCUGGUGGUGGUGAACAUCCAGCUAGGUCGAAAAAAUCUAUUAAUAAAGGACGAUGGAGCAAAGAAGAGGAUGCUAGGUUGAAACAAUUAGUCGAGGAAUAUAAUGAAAAAUGGGAUAUAAUUGCAGAACAUUUUCCUGACAGGUCAGACGUACAAUGUCAACAAAGGUGGACUAAAGUUGUCAAUCCUGAAUUGGUGAAAGGACCUUGGACGAAAGAGGAAGAUGAGAAAGUUAUAGAACUAGUAAAUAAAUACGGAGCCAAAAAAUGGACAUUAAUAGCACGACAUUUAAAAGGCCGAAUAGGUAAACAGUGUAGAGAAAGAUGGCAUAACCAUCUUAAUCCAAAAAUCAAGAAAAGUGCUUGGACAGAACAAGAGGAUGAACUUAUUUACCAAGCCCAUCAGAUGUACGGUAAUCAAUGGGCUAGGAUAGCGAAGUUAUUGCCAGGUAGAACGGAUAAUGCAAUUAAAAAUCACUGGAAUUCAACUAUGAGACGAAAAUACGAAGCGGAAAAUAGAGAAAAUGGUGAAUCGAGACGUGGAAGACACAGGAAAAAUGUUAGACUUACAGAUGCUAAUGUUUAUUCACAAUAUCCACAACAGAGGCACCAGGCUCUGCAAGUUGGUGAUAGAAUUUCACUGAAACAAGAAAAUGUAAUUACAAAAUUUGAAGAGGAUUGGACCGUUGAAAUGUAUGAUCAAGCAAGUAGUCAAUCGAGUACAGGAGGCUUUUCUGCAGGGGCCCCUACUCCUAGUCCAACAUCUCAGUCUGUGCCUAACACUUAUGAGCGAACAAAUCCAUCACCUCCACAAGCAACGCAAAAUAGCAACGAUCCUAUGUCUUCUUACAAUUACGUCAACAUCUACCCCAAUCAACAUUCACCUGUAAAAUUAACACCAUUGAAUGAUGAAGCCUUAUCAGAUUUUGACAUGGGUUUCUACAAUUCACCUGGUGUGAGUCCACUUAAAAUGGCGAAUAGGCAUUUUAUUAAAGCAAAAGUUAACCAAUCACAUUAUACCCAAACUACACAAGUACCUGUAACCUCUAUCACCAACGGACCCCGUUCAACUACUCCUCCGAUUUUGAGGAGAGGAAAGUCACGUAAACGACAUGACAGUGCCGAAGCAGAGGAAAUCAAUGUUAUGGAUCCGGUACCGGCUAAACUGGAAAUGGACCUCAUUGAUUCAGGAAAAUCUUCAUUUUUCAGUCCAUUGAGGAAUGGACCUUCUCCCAUAAAGCAGCUACCUUUUAGUCCUUCACAGUUUUUGAAUAGUCCAAAUAUUGCCAACCUCACAUUUGAUGUUACUAUGUCUUCAACUCCCAAGUCUUCACAGAAUGGACAAAUUUCUACACCUGUAAAAGAUAAAUCCAGAACGGAUAGAGACUACAGUCCACUUAGCACACCUCGUGGUAUUCAUGCCAUUAUAAAACAAGAUGCUACCGCUUCUUGUUCGACUGCAGCAGAUAUUACCUCAACUCCUAAUAAACGUUUUCCGAGUGAUACACCUCGAACACCGACUCCUUUCAAGAAAGCUCUUGCGGAUCUAGAAAAAAAAUCAGGCCCUAUUAAAAAUCUUCCCGACACACCUUCAUCUAGACUUGAAGACAUCACAGAAAUUAUGAAGAAAGACCAAGACAGUUCACAUUAUGAAACAGAUACUAGCGUUAUGGUUACUAACGAUAGUGGCUAUAUGACUGGAAAACGAAAAGGCGCUGCAUCCUCCGCAGCAGGCAAAGAAAACGUUCUUCCUAACAAGAGAGUGCGCAAAGCUUUAGCCCCUUCCUGGGCUUCUUCCUCAUCUCAAAUGAGCUCUUCGGAUAUCUCUUUCGCUGUCGAGACUCCUAGUAAAUCUUUGGGUGAUGACACCUCAAUAUUAUUUUCAACUCCAUCAUCAAUAAUGAAAGACUCAUUAGGAGUAACAGGAUUGAUGGAUUAUCCCCCACAGGCGGGGUCCUCCAAGCGCCCGCUUCCCGUCAGUGUUCCGACAACAACCCGAGGAGCUUCCUCUGGUUCAACUGUUCUGCGUAGUUCUGCUGCCAAACGGAUCACCUUUGAAGAACCAGGUCCUGUUGCUCCAAAGUUUAUUGGCAAUGGUAUUAAAUGUAAAUCCAGGACUGGUGGUAAUCUCGAUUAUCUUUGGGUGAUGGUUGCUUGCGGACGAACUCAAGAUCAACUAGAUCUUACAGAACAGGCACACAAGUUUCUUAAAACAUCGGGUUUGAAACCACGUUCAUUGAACUUUUGAUAUUCGUGAAUAAUGUAUAUAAACUACAUUCGUUGUUAGAAUGUGGACCGUUUACAAAGAAUUGUAGUGCAAAUAGUUUGUUUUUUACUUAUAUAGAUUUUGUUAUUUGUAAGUUUUAUUUUAUAAUUUGACUUCAGUCAAACUAUGCACAGUAUGUAAUUAUAGUAGUAUUUAUAUAAAGUAUUCUAUUUGAACAAUCUCGCCAAUGCCUACCAAAUAAUUUAUUUAUAAUAUUGGUUUUAAAAUUGAAUAGUUUGUUAAAAAUAGUUCAACUUGCAUCACCACGCCAUUAUUUGCAAUAUCUUAUAUUGAUUGGAUAUUUUAUAUUGAAUUAUAUUUCAAAAUGUAUGUCAACCCCUUGUAAUAAUGUCGCGAUGAUUUGGCUCUAAUGUUGGCCUGAUUGUCCAAAAAUAACUAUAAUUUUACUUUUAAAUUAUGUAAUUGGUACAGUUACGUUUUUAAAAUAACUGAAAUUUUUUCUAUCUACAUUUCACUUUAUGGAUUUAAAAGAAUUUGUUGUUAUUUGUACAAAAAUGAAGAUAUUAGCACACUUGUCAAAGGUUUUUUCAAUUGUUCUAAAGCAACAGACAUGCAAAAUUCUACUUAAUUCUUAACAACUCAACAACACUUAGAGAAUAUUUAUUUUUGGAGGCAGGCACAUACAUUUAAGUGUAUAAGGUGUAUAGCACAUUAUUUAAAUGUUUUUAAUAAUAACAAUACCAUAUAUACCACAUGAACUUAUAACUCACCUGAGCCAAGGAAAAUAAAGUAACAGAAAUCUUCUAUCUUCGUUUAAGUACAGUCCUCAUCAUGACUGUAUAUCUGUGUUACAAAUAAUUAAAAGAUUUAUCUAUCUGAUACAUAUUUAUGUUGAACUGUGUUUGCAACAUAUACACGCAUGUGUUGUAACGUUCAAAUUUUUUUGUUACAACACACCUGGUAUGUGUUAUAUUAAUUUAUUUAUCAUAAUUAAAAUUUAUUUGCACUAACCUAAUUAAUUUUGUGAAACAAGUUUCUUUAUAUUACAAGUUGUCAGACAACAUAAUAUAAUAUUUCAGCUUAUGGCGCAAAUAUAAUUGCAGGAAAAAGAAAAACAAACCAAAGACAGUACUCCAACAUAUUCCUAUGAUAUUUUGGUAAAGUGUAAUGGGAAUCCAGUGAAAUUUUUCAGUUUAUCAUAAUUUGUCGUUACACUAUAUUUAAACAUACACUGAUAAAUUGUAAUUAAGUUGGUUAGAUUUUCAUUUAUAUAUUUAUGUUCUGUAAUUUUUUUCCCAGUACUACAUUUUCUCAUUCUGUUGAAUGGUAAAUUUUUGUAUCUUAGUAGUAGAUGAAUUGAUAGUUUUCUUUUUGUGCACCUUUAUCUCAUAACAAUUUUGUUUAUGAUCUCUAACGCUAUAAUUCCUGCUCAUUUUACACUUUAACGUUGACCAUUAUCCAACUUUCCUACUACAUUGUAGAGGUAACAAAUUGUUCUUCUGUUGGUCUGCAAGUAUCUUCUUAUAAUUUAUAUAAUUUGUAAUUUUUUUCAAUUCAAAGGUGGUGCAAAAAAUAUAUUUAUGAAUUUUUUUGUAUAAUACCAAGUUUUAUAUUAUAAAUAAACAAUAUUUUGUUCGUUCAAUAUUGGUGAUGUAAAUUGUUAUUUUUUUACCACAAACAUUUUAAUAUAAAUGUAUGUUACUGUAUAAGAAUGUUCAUAAUCCUACUUUUGUGUUUGUUAGAAUUUGUACAAGUUUAGUAUUUUAACAAAAAUUGAUUAGUAAAUUAAUAUAAAUUUGUAUUAUUUGAUGUAAAAAAUAUUAAAAAAAAUGAACUGGCUUUUGAAGCUUUAAAAGCUUAAUCGAUUAUAAGAGAUAUUUUGGAGACAUAAUUUUAAAUCACUUUCAAGUUAUAAUUUAUUUAAUAUUUCACAUCCCAUAUAUAUUGUAUUAUAUGAUUCCAAAAAUUUCCAUGAUGUGAAAAUAAAAUUUUUAUUUAUUUGAUUAUCACUGUAUAUUGUAAUAAAACUUGCUAUCUUUACAA